GACGUCACAGUAAUGGCGUUGACGAUAUGAAGGGCAACAUCAAUGAAUUUGUCCGUGAUAUUGCUCAAAUGGACGAAGCCCCCCAAAAUCAGAAUGGCCAAAUCGGGCCGCCACUUUCAGGAAAUGUGAAGUGUGAAUUCAAGAAUGACGAAGGACAGCAAUCUGUGGGUGUCCAGUAUUCCAUCCCCGGAAUAUUGCAUUUCAUUCAACAUGAGUGGGCUCGGUUUGAGAUGGAGAAGGCUCAAUGGGAAGUCGAGAGGGCCGAACUCCAGGCAAGGAUUGCCUUCCUUCAGGGAGAAAGAAAGGGGCAAGAAAACCUAAAAAAUGACCUCAUCAGAAGAAUCAAGAUGCUGGAAUUUGCCCUCAAGCAAGAGAGGGCCAAGUUUCACAAGCUCAAGUAUGGUGUGGAACUGGGAGGGGAUAUGAAAGUGCCCUUGGAUGAGCCCCCAGCUGAACUUUCCUCUGAUGGAGAAAUGCUCCUUCCCACUGUGUCCUCUCCAUCGUUUUCAUGGAGACAAGGACGACAGCUACUUAGACAAUAUUUACAAGAGAUAGGAUACACAGAUACUAUUAUUGAUGUUCGGUCAUCACGGGUGCGCUCUCUACUUGGACUAAAUCCUGUCAAAUCAGAGAAUGAUGAGGGAGGGAAUGCAGCUGUGAAUGGGACGGAUAACAACAGUGGUACCAACAAGAGAGUUGCAUCAGAUUCCCAACAAAAAAGGGGAGGCAAGAAGCCCAGUACUGGAUCCACACUGGCAGAGGGGAUGCUUCUUGAUGCUGAGGAGGCUGUGAUGGCCAAUUUUGCCUUCUUGGCCACCGAAGGUGUUAUGGAGGAUGAUGAUGAGAACCUCAGUGAUGAAGAACGGGAGGACCUGGAUGAGACACAGGAAAUUCGCAGGCCACGUGCUAAAGGAGGAGUAUCAUCAGAAGUAGAUGAAAUGGAUGCAGAAACAGAAGAGGUCCUAAGUGAAUUUGAUUUUCUGACUGCAAAUGAGGGCAAUGAAGAUGAAUGGGGUGUUCCGCAUGCCCUCCUCAACAAACUCAAGGAUGAAUAUCGCAAGGAUCGACAGAAGAAUCGCAAAGGCCCCUUUGCACAGCAGAGACCAAGCCGCUCGGACCUGCAGGCAAUGCUGGUCAAUCUUAGUGAAUCAGGGGAUGGGAUGAGGGAUGGCGGGUCCUUGGAGGAUGAGGAAGACGACGACGAUCGAGGCGGGUUUGAUGUGUCCUCCUCGGAAGGGGGUAGUAGAAGUAUUGUAGGGCUGGGAGCUUCAAGUGCUGCUCGUAGGAAUCUCAUGGGCCCUGUAGAUGAAGCACUGGACUCAGAGCUUGGACUUGGAGAGCUUGCCCAGCUCACAGUCAACAAUGAAGCUGAGUCUACGUAUGAUCAAAUAGCAAAUUCAAAAGAAGCAUUCAGGAAAACAUGGACAGGGAAAUACACUUUAAGAAGUCACUUUGAUGGGGUGAGAGCACUUGGAUUCUUGCCUGUGGAGCAGGCUCUCAUCACAGCCUCUGAAGAUCACACCCUGAAGCUGUGGAAUCUCCAGAAGACUGUUCCCACCAAGAAAUCUGCAUCCCUGGAUGUGGAACCCGUAUACACGUUCCGAGGGCAUCAUGGUCCUGUUCUCUGCCUCUGUGUGAACCCCAGUGGAGAGAUGUGUUUUAGUGGAGGAUUAGAUGCUUCCAUUAGGUGCUGGAAGAUACCCAACACAUCCAUUGACCCCUAUGACAGCUUUGAUCCUGAUGUCUUAGCCACCACCCUCACAGGCCAUGGUGAUGCAGUGUGGGCAUUGGCAGUCCACCCAAAUAGACCACACCUUCUAUCCUGUUCUGCAGAUGGGUCUGUUCGACUCUGGCAGCCGACUGCCAAACAACCUCUCCUCUCAAGCAUUUCCAGUGAACAAGAUGGAAUCCCAACAUCAGUGGACUUCCUUCGAACAGAAGUGGCACCUAAUCACAUGGUUGUGGGAUUUCGUUCUGGUACAUGUGCUGUCUAUGACUUGGAGUGUGGGAAACCUGUUGUUCACAUGGAUACAUCACAGCAGGAAUCAGGAAAGGAGCCAUCAACCAUCAACAGUGUGGUGUGCCACCCAACGCUUCCACUGUGCAUCACUGGGCAUGAAGACAGACAUAUCCGCUUCUGGGACACUUCCAAUGGGGGUCUCCUAUACGAGAUGGCAGCCCACCUGGAUGCCGUCACCUCCCUCGCCCUCGACCCCAAUGGUCUCUAUCUCGUAUCUGGAAGCCAUGACUGCAGCAUUCGUCUGUGGAACUUGGAUGAUAAGACUUGCGUGCAAGAGAUGCACUCUCACCGCAAGAAGUUCGACGAAAGUAUCUUUGCUGUGGCCUUCCAUCCCUCAAAGCCGUUCAUAGCGAGUGCGGGUGCAGAUGGACUGGCAAAGGUCUAUGUAUGACGUGGCCUCUGAAAGAAGAGCAUCGCUCCAAGCAGCUACAUCUCCUGUCUCUGUUCUUCAUCCCUUCCUGUGUCUUUUCCAUCUCCUCUGCCUCUGCCUAUACCUGGAGGGCUCCAAGCUCAAUCCCUCUUCCUUUGUGGAUCUUCCCUUUCCUCUCACCGACAGUAGAUGGUGUACAAAUAAAAGGAAGCCGGGGGAGUCAGAGGACGAGGGAAGCCAUAGAACAAGAUGGAGAGAAGCAGUCGGGUCUGCCCCGUUUGUGUGCGAGUUUUUCAGGAAAUACUGUACAGCGAUGCAGCAUAGUGGACAUAAAAUGAAUGGGUGCGAUCCGUGAUAUAGGCCUACCGUAUCUCCUUCCUUCUCAACCGCAGCACCGUUAUGACCUGAUAUGUAUUUGAUCCCGUUCGCUCGUCCUCUCUUCCUGUCCUGGGCUUGAUAUUUAUUGAACCAAUGCCUGCUUUCAGGUUCUUCCUUCUGCUGCACCAGUGAAAACCCAUAGGUGCUGUAGAUUUUUCAGACACAACCCUUUUUUCCAGGAUGGGAAGAGACCAAGUCAGAUGUCAACUGUAAAUACGUAUGCUUUCAGUCAUCAGAGUCUCUAAGGAGAAGCUGCAACCUCUCCAGUCUUUUCGAGAUGAUUUGACUCCUUGUUUUUCAGCUCAUGGAUAGGACUUGGUUUUUUUUAAUCAUCAGGCCACAUGGAUUUCAGGAUCAAAGAUUCCGUUUAUUAUUUUUUUAUCUGUGAUGUUUCGCUCUGCUAGAAAACUUCAGCGCCUGUUGGAGAAGAGAAUAGUAGAAAAAUCCGUGGAAUUUUAAAUUCAUUUUUGGCAACUUUGGGUGAAUCCCUUUUGCCGUUGAUAAUAUCCCUGAGUUCUCAGCAGUUCAUCUUAUGCUCUUUUUUCCCCCUAGAAAUCCCUUCCCUGUUUUUGUGUUUCAGUCAUGGAAAUAAAAGAAAAACGUCCUGG